CUCUGUCUCUGUCUGUCUCUCCCCCCUUCACUCGCUCUCUCCCUCUCUCCCUCUCUCUCUCCCUCUCCCUCUAUCCUACUCUGAGACAGUCAGAACUCUCCUCCCUGACAGCCGCAGACGUCCAGCACUUACUGCAUUCAGAGAGGGAAGGGACCUACAAACCAAACUUCACAGAAAACUUUUUGUUUUCGUUCCAGAGAAUUUGCUGAAGAGAAGGAAAAAGCGAGAGAGAAAGAGAGAAGGAGAGAGAGGGGGAGAGAAAGAGAGAGAGAGAGCGAGCGCGCGGAGGAGAGAGAGAGAGAGAGAGAGAGAGCGAGAGAGCAAGCGAGCGAGCGAGCAACCCCAGCCCACUGCCUGCCGGAGGGAGGGGGUCAGGCUCCCCGGGCUUUUAAAAAAAGCGAAUCACCCCAGCUCGGGCGGCCAGCAUGCCUGGGCUCUCGCUGAGAGGCUUUCUUUUGGCGCUCUGCUGGAUCCGAGUCAGGAGCUCCCCUACGCCAGGCUCGGAGGGCGCCAGCCCCGGCCCCGUCCCGGAGUGCCCGUCCUGCGCCCUCAGCAGCCUGCCCAAGGAGCUGCCCAGCUCGCAGCCCGAGAUGGUGGAAGCCGUCAAGAAACACAUCCUAAACAUGCUGCACUUGAAGAAGCGACCCGACGUCAGCCAGCCCGUGCCCAAGGCAGCCCUGCUCAAUGCCAUCAAAAAACUGCAUGUGGGCAAGGUGGGUGAGAACGGGUACGUGGAAAUCGAGGACGACAUUGGGCGCCGGGCCGAGAUGAAUGAUCUCCUAGAGCAAACCUCCGAGAUCAUCACCUUCGCCGAGUCAGGCACUCCCAGGAAGACUCUGCACUUUGAGAUUUCCAAAGAAGGUAGUGACCUCUCUGUGGUGGAGCGUGCUGAAAUAUGGCUGUUCUUAAAAGUCCCCAAGGCUAACCGGACAAGGACCAAAGUAACCAUCCGACUCUACCAGAAUCAGAAGCAAUCCCAGAGCGCUGUGGAUGGUGGAGAUGAGGCUGAGGAGGUGGGCCUCAAGGGUGAAAAGAGCGAGCUACUGAUAUCCGAAAAGGCAGUCGAUGCCCGCAAGAGUACCUGGCACAUCUUCCCAGUCUCCAGCAGCAUACAACGCCUAUUGGACCAGGGCAAGAGCUCUUUGGAUGUGCGGAUUGCCUGUGACCAGUGCCAGGAGACAGGUGCCAACCUGGUGCUAUCAGGCAAGAAGAAGAAGAAGGAGGAGGAGGGAGAAGGGCGAAAGAAGGAAGCUGGAGAAGGUGGAGUAGGAGGAGAAGAAGAGAAAGAACAGACCCAUAGACCUUUCCUCAUGAUGCAGGCCCGCCAGUCUGAGGACCACCCACAUCGCCGACGCAGACGCGGCUUGGAGUGUGACGGCAAGGUCAACAUCUGCUGCAAGAAACAAUUUUUUGUCAGCUUCAAGGACAUUGGCUGGAAUGACUGGAUCAUAGCACCCACAGGCUACCAUGCCAACUACUGUGAGGGAGAGUGCCCCAGUCACAUAGCAGGCACUUCUGGCUCCUCCUUGUCCUUCCACUCCACAGUAAUCAACCAUUACCGCAUGAGGGGGCACAGCCCCUUUUCCAACCUCAAGUCCUGUUGCGUGCCCACCAAACUGCGGCCGAUGUCCAUGCUGUACUAUGACGACGGCCAGAACAUAAUCAAGAAGGACAUUCAGAACAUGAUAGUGGAGGAGUGCGGCUGCUCCUAAGCCCUCUCCUGCCUGGUAGACGGAGGGGUCCCUGGGGCCGGGGGGCGACGGACGCGCGAGAGGGAAAGAUACGGAGACAGCGAGAAGGCAACGAAAGGCAAGACAAGACGCAAGAGCCUCCUUUGCCGUGGAGUUUCUCUGGGAAGCUUUGAAUAAAAUCAACCGAAGACGCAUGAAGGAAAUAUUCAGACCAUCAUCGGCCUGGGUUCUGAGAAGAAGCAGGUGACGGAGCUGGGACUGUGGAGGGGAGGGAGAGGAGGGAAUCCCCCUUCCUCCCUUCUUUCUAAGGAGAUCAAACUGGCUGCUUCAGUGGUGGACACGCAGCAGUCUCGGCCACUCGUUCCCUCUCAGCACGAGCCCUGAGGUCAGCUCCCCUAACUUGUCAGUCAUGUGGAACCCUCCCAUUCCCAAGAGCAUCCAGAAAGCCACGGAGUGAAACAUUCCCAGGGAUUUUUGCCCCAAUUUGCCAAGGCCAUAGGGCAUGUCUACAUGCCUGUAUGACAUAUACAUAUAUAUGUGUAUAUAGGUACAUACACAUAUAUAUGUAUAGAUCUCUGAGUAAAGUAGUGUAUGUGCACAGUGAGACCCACAUCUAUAUCUGCACACACUGUCUGUGGUGUGAGCGAGCCUGGCAAGAAAAGGAUAAUAUGUUGUGCAGGGGGUCACAACUUUUCUGCAUUACUUUGGAGAGAGAGAGAGAGAGAGAGAGAGAGAGAGAGAGAGAGAGAGAGAGAGAGAGAGAGAGAGAGA